ACGAAUCCGCUGCAGCAAGCAGAACAGUCGAGUAGAACAGAAGGAGAGUGAUCUGAAAAAAGAUUCUCUCUCUCUCUCUCAAUUCCCUUCCAUUCAACACCUCUCGUCUCUCAUCCGUCCGAUCCGAAAUCAACGCCCCAGAUAUCUCUCCUGCAGAGACAAUGCCGAUGCGAGUAUCGAUUCGCUAACUGCUUUCAAUCCUACGUUUGUCAAUGCAUGUGGAGGAUUUUAAAUGGAAGAAGUGUUUAUUGAUGUGGAGACGGAUGGUGGAGAUCACGUUUAUGAGACUUCGCUUGGAAAAAUAAGCUCUUCUGAGUCUUCUUCAACUGAUGCUGAUCCUGUUGUUUACAAGCUCGUUCGGGUUGAAGGUGAUGGAAGACUAGUGCCUGCUACAGAUGAUGAGGUUAUGGAAGUUGAAGAUUCACUUGAAGAUGACAAGAUAGAACCUCCUCUAGUUAAAGACCCUGCACACACCGAAGGAUACAUUUCAAAUGAUGGGUUUUCCUCCAAGACGGCUGAUUUUGAGAGCUUAGAAGAUAUGCCAGGGUUAUCGAAAUCUGAGAAUACAGAAGGCAGCGGUCGGAAGUUGAACGCUAGGCUUGAGUAUAUUGGGGAGAUGCUGCAAAAGGUUAAACAAGAAGAAAGGCUCCGAUUAUCAUGUGAAUCUCCUGAUCACUCUUCCAAGUACAUGAAUAUAGACGGCCGGUCUUCUGAUCAACAAGAGCAGUUGCCAUCUAGUGAUGAGAAGCUCCCUGCUGAAAAUGCUCUGCGGGAAACUAUUCUUCCUACAUCACGCAGACUAAUUAGUGAUGAUGCUACUGAAUUAGCCAGUAGCAUGACAUGCCCGAAACCAACAGAUGAACCAAUUAGUUGCAAAUCGGUUUCUGACACUGGGACCAGUUCCAUACCUGAUUUUUCCACUAUAAAAGGGGAAAUCAUCUGCUUGGAUAAUCUCUCAAUAAGAGAGCUUCAUGAAACUUUCAGAGCGACCUUUGGGCGAGAAACGUCUGCCAAGGACAAGCUGUGGCUUAAACGGAGAAUUGCGAUGGGGUUGACUAAUUCUUGUGAUGUUUCAACUACGAAUUUUAUAAUCAAAGGCAAAACAUUAGUCCCUGAGAAAGCCAAAGAAGAAUCGCACUGUGGGAUGGAUGGCAAUAAAUGCUCAGAUGAUUCGCAGCUCUCCGAUCAAACUAUUAGAGGAAUAUAUGAUGAUGACGGGGGCCCAGCAACGUUCCUGACUAACCAAAUGGAAGACCAACAUGUUUCAUCAGGGAAGAGAUUCAGAGAACCUAAAACAGAUUCUGACACAAAGAGUGAAGAUCUCCAUAUGGAGCAGUCUACAGCCAAGAGAGUAAGAAAGCCAACUAGACGGUACAUCGAAGAAUUAUCAGAAGUUGAGACCAGAGAGUGCAGCGGGAGACUGAUUUCUUCUGUUAAAUGUUUGGAACAUGGUCAGUCCUCUCCAAAAUCACGGAUCAGACUUGUCCAAGAUGUUGGUUUGGCUAGAACAGCUUUUGUCACUAGGCAGGACUCUCUUGGAGGAUGCGGUGUUCAAAUCCCGUAUGUUUCUAGGGUGCGAAGAGGGCGCCCUAGAGAAAAUUUUAGGGCUCUUAUGAACUACCAUGACAUGGCAGACAAUUUGGUGGAAAAGGCCUUUGAUGUUUGCGCUUCUCGACAAGAUGAUGAUGGUGAAAGUGGAAGCAAAAUAAUGAAACAUACAGACCUUCCUCAACAAGAUCUGCCCUUGAUUGUUGCUGAAGCAGAAAGAGAAGGGGAGGCCAUGGUAACAUGUGCUGGGGAGCAGCAGCAAGAACACGAGCCUGCCCGCUUAGAUUCAUCUGGAGAUAAUUCAGAUGACAAUGUAGCAACUGUGCCAACAUCAAAAGGUGGGACUAGAAGGAAGCAUCAUCGAGCUUGGACUAUCAACGAGGUUAUGAAACUAGUAGAUGGGGUGUCUAGGUAUGGAGCUGGAAGGUGGUCCGAGAUCAAACGGCUCGCUUUUGCAUCUUACACUUAUCGCACCUCUGUUGAUCUCAAGGACAAAUGGAGAAACCUUCUGAGAGCUAGCUUCUCACAAGCACCUGCAGCAAAAGGGGUUGGCGGGUCCCGGAAACAUGCUUCGAUGCCCAUCCCCAUGCCGAUUCUAAUCCGUGUAAGAGAGCUGGCGGAAAUGCACUCGCAGGUCACAUCCGAGCAGAGCUCUGGCAAGUUGGCAGGCUGUAGUGGUAGAACUGUACAUGAAACCAGGGACAGGGACUGGAAAGAGAUUACCACUGGAAAAUGUGAAGCUUUCAUUUGACUAUGGUGCAACUCCCUCCAUCCAAAUAGGCCAAGCUGGCCCAUUGGGUUCGGGUCAACCUGAACCCCAUUGACUUGGGGUUGGGUUCAGGUUAAGCAAUUUCGGUUCAGGUUAGGUCAGGUUGUCAAAGUUGGGAACAAUCACAUGUAUUUGGGUUGAGUAUAUAUAGAGGAACUCGGGUUGGGUUUGAGUUGGGCACUUCUGGUUGGAUCCUCUUGAGGUCGGGUCUGUCAUGGGCUGACCACAACCUGACCUAGUCCGCUCUGGUUGCACCCUAACCCAAUGUGGAUGUGAAAACA